UGGGAUCGCCCUGAAUUGCACGUUAAGCACAGAGAGAGCUGACAUACCUGGAUCAGUAUUCGUUGUACCUGAAUUCAUAAAUACUGCCAAUUUAAUUACAGACGUACGCGAAGCCUAAAACUGACUGCUAUUGACCCACGGUUCCAGUUCAGUGGAAGCGGUGAACUCGCACAUCGCAGACAUUCGGUGGAAUAAAUUCUAUCGAUCGGCGCCUCAUCUUGUCUGCUGUGUGAAGGAAAGGCGGGAGAAGCCCGAGCAGACGGCAGCUCACAGCGGGGACAAUGGCGUGGUUACUGCUUGCACUGGCUUUUGUUUGUGGAAUAUAUGAUGCGCGAGGAUUCGAGAUGGCGAUAAUCCCGUCCCACAGCCCAAUGUUUGCACUGGUCAACACCAAGUUCACUCUCACGUGCGAGGUGACCGACCUACCGAAGAAGGCAACUAUUGAAAUUGAGUCGAACUACGGGGAUCCUAAGCUUCAGAAUUUUUACGUGGAGGAAAAGGCUGACGUUGUGGACAACAAGCAGGUGACGUCGAAGACGAUCACGAAGGAUUCAGUGGAGAUGGGCGACACAGGAGCCUACUGGUGUAAAGCCAACUCCAAGGAGAAGUCGGUGAAUCUGGUUGUCAUUAGAGUUUUAACGCAGAAUUCUAACGUGACAGUCGGCGAGGACGUGACAAUCAAGUGUGAAGCAGAAACUACGUUCGAACAGCUGAGUACGGUUUGGUAUAAGGGCGACAAGAUGCUGGACGACAUCCCGGGGGUGGAGGACAGGGUCACAUACGGGGAAAGGAACUUCACGCUCACCCUAGGAAAGACUGUGGAAGACGAUGCUGGGGAGUACACGGCCAGGAUCACCUUCUUCCCCGAGAGUUACCAGACACAGGUCUUCGAUGUCGUGGUCAAAAUGUCAGGAAAACCAUAUUUUAAAAAUGGUGACGGAAACAAGGAAAUUACUAUUAGCGGAAACAACAGCAUAGACCUAAGUUGUGAUGCCCUCGGAUACCCCAAACCGGAUGUCACGUGGUUGAAAGACGACGAGGUCAUCCAACCCGAUUCCAACCGAGCCAAAAUAGAAGAUACAGCGAGUGGUUCCCGACUUCUCAUCUCCAAGGUUACGAAGGAUGACACUGGUGCCUAUGUCUGUAACGUUGAGAAUCCGUUAGGACGGAAGCAGCGGUCUUUCAAAGUUACGGUGGAUGCGUACGGCAUCACUAAUUGCGCCAUGUACUUGUGUUACGGUCUGAGCCAGGUCCUUCUGCUGGUCAGCGUACUGUUCUUGACGUUGUAGACGAGGAUGCUUGCUGUGUAGUGUACGAUCUUGCAGUGGCUGAUGGCGCGGCGUGAUGGUGCUCGGUGGCAGUUUCAAUUGGAAAUCGGGUAUACGAUGACCGAAGGAUAUUAAUAUCACAAAUGAAUUUACAAAUUGAUGUUAAGUUCAUUAACAACUCAGACCGAUAUUAUACGGUUAGCAGUUCAGAUGAAAACGAUUUACGAAAUGUUAACUUUUUGGAUACACGUGUUCUAAUUACCCUGAUAUUUUGUACAACUUAAUGCACCCAUCGUUAAUGGUGUAUCAUAAGUACUCACUGUUGACUCAGUUCUGAGUGUCGUGGUGAGAAUGACUGGAUCUGAUGCCUUUGAGGUGUUUCCAUGUCGAAUAGUCCAUGCAGCCAUGGAAAUGACAUUUUCAGCUCCAGUCCUAGGUAAAACAUGCAACGUAGGUUAAUUAUGUCCUGAGCAUGGAAAGACGUGUCGAUUAUUUUGGUAGUGUGUGUUUUGGGUUGGGUUGAGGGGAGACACAGUUUAGACAGGUUUGUGAACAUUUGUGUGCACCCCAGGGCUGUGUGUGAUAUCUCAUUAACCCUUUCUAAAGUUGAUUAGGCAAAUUCUGAAUGGGCACAGCCAACUUCGUAUUUGUAUGAAAAGCGGAAGUUCCUCCAUCUUUGACGAGACCACGUGGCCUCCGUCUUAAGCUCCACGCACUGCUCUCCCUGCUUCUAGGAACAGGCACGGCAGGAUGAAGCUUUAACAUGUCCAUCCAUACCUGCUGUAGCCGUCGUGUACCACUACCAAUCAAAUUGCUUCAUCAGAUGAUCAUCAGAGUUCACACCACGGCUGGUGUUUAUGAUCGCUGUUGAUACCGAGUCUGGUACCAAUUAGUGUUAUAUAUAUCGCCCAACAUGUAAUCCUUACAAUUACAUGUCAAACAAACGUUGUUAUUAUUAAUCUGCAGACCUUAACACCCUAAUCAUCCACCAUUAUACAAGACAGACGGUUCUUGUAAUAAAGCGUUUUGAUCUAACGGUACAUAGCGAACAGGUGCCCUAUUUGUGACAAUCCCGGUUACAUUCCUUGCACUGUAUAUAUUACACUAAAGGGGAAUGCCGUAGAGAAUUGUUCAAAACAAUCAAACCAUCCUAUGUGUAUUUACAGAAUAGAACCCGGAAUCUAUCCUCUAGUGUCAUCUUGCGACCUAACAAAUCGGGUAUUCCCGGGUACCUUGCCUACCCUUAAUAGCUGCUUAAUGUUGAUAGUCAGUACAAAUAUUUUGGGUACUUUUUCAUCAUGUAUUGGAUAUUUUGGGCAUCGUAUAUUUGUAGGCUGUAAAAGUGUUUUGUGUACAGAGAAAACAGGUGCCUCAGUUCAGUUUCCGACAUCACAUCACCUGUAUAGUCUACAAUUGAAACCCAUUCCUGAAUGUCUGAUCUGGAAAUGGUAGAGUUCACGAAUAUUUAGUGUACUCAACAGUUUUGAAAUAAUUCCACACUUGAUUUAUACAUGACGAGGAACGGGUGACCCAAUCGUCUUAGGCAAGGCAAUUCGUUGUGCAGGGUUACCUCCCUUAGACAUGCCAGGAGCCUGUAGUUAUCGGUUCGAAUCCUGGUUCGCCCAGAUGCUAACCCUAGCUUUAAAAGCGUUUUACCAGUGCUCAUCUUUUUUACCCAACCUGGUAAAGGAUUUCCACAGAUUCAAGGACAUCACUUUACAGGACAGGUCAGACUGACCAACGACAUGAGCCAGUCACAGUCCUAGUUUCAAACUGGCGACUUGCACUCCAGG